GUGCGCAUCGAUUCUCUGUCCAUGGUGCUGAAUUUUAAAACUCGCGUUUCCGCUGACCAUAAGAUUUGCAAUAUCAUAAAAUCUGCGUUUUAAGUGAAUUACUCAACAAAAUAGCAGUUUUUGGUUAGAUUUCGUUCAGCGUUAGAGUGCCAUGUAGGCUAUUUUAGAUUACACAACAAUGAGAGUGUGGUCAAGGUGUUGUCGGCACUGCAGCAUCCCUUCUGCGGCUGCUCGAUGCUGCUGCUGCUGAUAGUCCCGUAGACAAAGUCAUGGACGGAGGGAAGUUGUGAGGCCGAAAGGUGGGUUUACAUCCCCACGAAACGGGCACAAAACGAAACGAUGGCGGAAGCAAACCCAUUCAAGGGUCUGCCCCGGAUCCAGAGAGCUGCGAUGUCUUUCCCCGGACAUUUGCACUUAGUUUUGGUGCUGGGGCCCAAAACUCACCAGACCACUGGAACAGACCUCGGUUUCCGCUUCAGUCAGGACGACUUUGCCCUCAAGAUGCCGAUGGUAAUGCUGAGCUCAUUGACAGACCUGCUACGCUUCAUUGAUGAAAAUCAACUCAGCACUGAGUUUGGUGGUACGCUGGAGCAGAGCCACAGUGAUUGGAUAGUUUUGCGAACAGCAAUAGAGAGUUUUGCAGUGACUGUAAAGGAGAUUGCUCAGCUGCUACAGACAUUCGGUACAGAGCUAUCUGAAAUUGAACUGCCUGAUGAAGCCAGCGGCAUUGAGUAUUUACUUCGAUCACACACUGAAAAAUACAGACAGAUGAAGGAUGACAUCAGGUGCGUUUUGAGGGAAGGCCGUCAGCUACUUUCAAAUCUUGAGGCAUCUAAGGCAGAAGAGGGGGCUGCAGCAGAAGAUAGAGACAUCAGCCAUGACAAAGAAAGAGUGCAAAGGCUAUUGGCACAGCUGAGGGACAUGGAAAUGGCUUUUGAUGGCUUUUUUGAGAAGCACCACCUCAAACUUCAGCAAUACCUGCAACUGCUCCAAUAUGAGAUAAGCUUUCAUGAGAUGGAGGACAUUUUGGAGAAACUCAGUAAGCAGGAGAAAGCCAUCGCAGGUGUGGGAACUACAGUAGCUCAGACGGACCAGUUACUCACAGAUCUGGAGAUGCUGGAUGCCCAAGCAGAGGAGGAAAUGGGUCGUGCUCAGAUUAUUAUACUGCACGGUCACCAACUGGCUGCCAGUCAUCACUAUGCUCUUGCCCUAAUAGUUCAGCGCUGCAAUGAAUUACGACACCAUUCUGACACGCUUACAACAGCCUUGCGCACCAAACGGGCCGCUCUCACGCGCAUACGAGACCUUCUGCUGCGGCUGGAGGAGACUAUGCGUUGGUGCGAUGAGGGGGCCUAUCUGCUUGCUAACCAGCUGCUGGAUAAGUUUCAGUCUAAAGAGGGGGCGCAGGCAGCACUGCAGGACAUAGAGAGGCUGGUGGAGUCUGCACCCUCGGUCCUGCGGUCCAGCCCUGAUAUCCUGAGCCUGGAGUUUGAAGCAAUACUGACACCUCAGCUGCAGUCUCAGAUAGAGGCUGUCACAGAGAAGCUAUCAACAGUGCAGGGAAUGAUCCAGAACAGACAGGCCUGUCUAAGGAAGUUGGCAGAUAUUCAGGUCAGACCCAUACAGCCGGUCGCUCCGAGACCUGAGACCUCACCACGCUGCAAAUCUCCACUUUUCUCUCCCAAACACAGCUUUGACGUGAACUCCAGUUUGAGGUUUUCUUUUGAUCUUGCACUACCUGGUAAAAGAGCCUCAAGGAAAAAUCCCAGCACGAAAAAGAUAGAAGUGAUGCACGACUAUGAGGAGAAUCGUAGCUGCCUCUCUUACGGCCCGGAGGGAGUUGAGAACCCCGACCAGCACAAGCGCCGUGUAAUGAAAGAGUUGAUUGAGACAGAGAGAGUCUAUGUGGAGGAGCUGCUGUCUGUUUUACUGGGAUACAGGGCAGAGAUGGAUAACCCCUCCCUCUCGAGCAUACUGCCAUCUGUACUGCGAAACAAAAAAGAGGAGCUGUUUGGAAAUCUGCCGGAGAUCUAUAAAUUUCACAGCAGGAUAUUCCUGCAGGAUCUGGAAAGCUGUUUGGAAACUCCAGAGAGAGUAGGAGCACGAUUUCUGGCAAGGAAGGAAAAUUUUCAGGUCUAUGAGCGCUACUGCCAGAACAAACCGCGUUCAGAUGCUCUCUGGAGGCAGUGUUCAGAUUCUGCUUUCAUUCAGGAGUGCAAAAGAAAGCUGGAUCACAAACUAGGACUGGAUUCGUAUUUGCUAAAGCCUGUUCAGCGUUUAACCAAGUAUCAGCUUCUUUUAAAGGAACUACUAAAACACAGUUCAAACUCGCAGUAUGAACGUGAGCUUCAGGGGGCGCUAAACGCCAUGCUGGAUCUUCUCAAGUCUGUCAAUGACUCUAUGCAUCAAAUUGCCAUCACUGGUUAUGAGGGUGAACUGAGCAACCUGGGUCGUGUUCUGAUGCAGGGGUCGUUCAACGUGUGGAUCAACCACAGGAAAGGGGCUACACGGAUGAAGGACAUGGCUCGCUUCAAACCCAUGCAAAGACAUCUGUUCCUGCACGAGAGAGCUCUGCUUUUCUGCAAGAAGAGGGAUGAGAAUGGAGAGGGAACUGAUCGAACGGCAUCUUACAGCUUUAAACACUGCCUGAUGAUGAGUGCGGUCACUAUCACCGAAAACAUCAAAGGUGAUGUGAAGAAAUUCGAAAUCUGGUACAAUGGUAAAGAGGAGGUGUAUGUUGUUCAGGCCCCUACAGUUGAGGUCAAGAUCGCAUGGCUUACUGAGAUUAAAAAAAUACUCCAGCAGAAGUUUGUUAAAGGGGAUUCUCACUUUUGUUUAGAUGGUGAACAAUUGCUAUUUCCACCCUUGGCAGACAGUAUGAGGCAUAUGUCCGUGUGCAUGCCCUGGACUUCCACACAGGUCACUGGCUGCUCAGGUUGUUUUGAUGUCCUUCCUCACAGCAAGCUUCAGGGGGCGUCGGUCAGCUCGGAGGAGGCAGAUUCAGACCAGGCGAGUCUGGUUCUGACAGACCCGGUCAUCGUUUCUCCCCGUCCACGACAAAACAACAACCGUCGCAGCUGGCCUGGGACAUCUCACUCAGUGGACAUCUGUGAGGGUUUAGAGGACUGGACCACUGACCUGUCUAAUAUCUCAGACUCUGAUGAAGAUGAUGAUGUCCUGCUGGUUCCUGGAAGGUACAGAGCAAUGGUGGACCACUUAAAAUGCGGGAAGGAUGAUGUAAUCAUCAAAAGUGGUGAUGUCAUUCACGUGCUUCAGGAGAAUGCCAUGGGUCUAUGGGAUGUUAAGAAUUUGACACGCGGUGGUGAGGGCAAAAUCCCCAUGGAUAAACUGCUGAGAAUAUUGGGAGAUGCGGGAAGAAGUCCAUCCAUUAGGUCAGGAGGUGAGAUAAUGGUACGGGAAAUAUAAACAGCAUCUAAGAACAACCACAUUAACACAAAGCUCUCAACAUGUGACAAGCCUAAAGGCACUAACUGUCAUCCAGGACCGAGCCCAGUCACGCCACGUGACGCACACAUCCACACAAGAAAAACAGAGCCGUCAUGAGAGUUCCCAUCUGCCAUUGUUUUGGAUUUUGAAUUGCAUUAGAUUUAGAAGCAAAACGUUGUUUAGAAACACUAUGAACCACAUUGAUACUAUAAAAAGAUUUUCCUCCUGCAACCAUGAAGACAGACAUUUGUUAAGCACAGACUCCAGCACAGACUUCAGAUCCACUUCAUUCUUGGAAAUUACCAUCAACAAACUGUG